CCGCCCGCUGGGCACAGACACUUCCGGCUGUGCUCCUCCAGCCCAGAAAUACCCGCGGCCAGUCGGUCAGCGGGGAGGCCGUGGCGCUGUGGAGGCCCCGAUCCCGGCAUCACCACCUGCAGGCAGCCCCGAGCUAGUGGCCGGGAUGUACUCGCGGCCGGUGCCCCGGGGUCCCCUGCGCCGCGUGGCCGUGACUGGCAGCACCCACGGCAACGAGAUGUCGGGCGUGUCGCUGGUGCAGCACUGGCGGCGAGCCCCCGAGGAGCUGCAGAGACCCAGCUUCUCCGCGCUGCCCGUGCUGGCCAACCCCCGGGCUGCUGCCGCCUGCCGCCGCUACGUGGACCUCGACCUCAACCGCGCCUUCAUCAGCACCUUCCUCACGGCCAGGCCCCAGCCGGACGACCCCUAUGAGGUUACCAGGGCCCGAGAGCUGAACCAGCUGCUGGGACCCAAGGCCUCGAGCCAGGCCUUCGACUUCGUGCUGGAUCUGCACAACACCACGGCCAACAUGGGCGCCUGCUUCAUCUGCAACAAUGCCGACAACGUCUUCACCAUGCACCUGUGCCGCUACCUCCAGUUGCAGAACCCGGAGACCCUCAGCCACGUCUACCUGUACCAGAAGCCGGAGGAGGAGAGCUACAGCGUGGACUCGCUGGGCAGGAACGGGAUGGGCUUGGAGCUGGGUCCCCAGCCACAGGGUGUGCUGCGGGCCGACCUCUUCACCCAGAUGAGGACCCUGGUGGCCCAAACGCUGGACUUCAUCGAGCUCUUCAAUAAGGGCACGACCUUCCCCGCCUUUGAGAUGGAAGCCUACAGAGCCCUGGACCACGUGGACUUCCCGCGCACCGAGGCGGGGGAGCUGGCGGGCGCCGUGCACCCCCGGUUGCAGGACCGAGACUUCGAGGCCCUGCGGCCAGGAGAGCCCAUCUUCCAGAUGUUCAGCGGCGAGGACGUGCUGUACCGGGGGCCGGGAACUGUGUACCCCGUGUUCAUCAACGAGGCCGCCUACUAUGAGAAGGGCAUCGCCUUCAUCUCCGCCGAGAAGCUCCGGUUCCCCGUGCCUGCCCUGCCCGCGCCGGCCCCCGCCCCCUGACCUCAGCCCGAGGGUCCCCAGCCUCUGCCCCCUGCUGUACCCCUGCUCUCCCCCACCCAUGCCAGUCACCCUGGCUAUAAAGUAGAAGAUGCCCGGGGCCCUGGGUCCGUGCUCUGUGCCCCACGUGGUUUUCCUGUGACCGCAGGAUAAAGGUAACUGUCUGUACCCUGGA